UUUUUAUUAUUAUUACAUUGAAAAUAAAGAUGGGACAAACUGGAUCACAAUUAGAAGACAUGGUUAAUUCUUCAAACUUCUCUGCAGAGGAAAUUCAACGUCUUUACAAACGUUUUAUGAAAUUGGAUAAAGAUAAUUCAGGCUCCAUUGAUAAGGAUGAAUUUCUUUCUAUUCCUCAAAUAGCUAAUAAUCCAUUAGCAUCACGUAUGAUUGCUAUUUUCGAUGAAGAUGGAGGAGGUGAUGUUGAUUUUCAUGAAUUUAUUAAAGGUCUAAGUGCUUUUAGUGCCCGUGGUAACAAAAGAGAAAAGCUUGAAUUUGCAUUUAAAGUCUAUGAUAUGGAUAGGGAUGGGUUUAUUUCGAAUGGUGAAUUGUUUCUUGUUCUAAAGAUGAUGGUAGGGAAUAAUUUGAAAGAUAAUCAGUUACAACAAAUUGUAGAUAAAACAAUAAUGGAAGCUGACAAAGACGGUGAUGGGAAAAUCAGUUUUGAUGAAUUUUUGGUGAUGGUUGAAAAUACAAACAUAGCAAAGCAAAUGACACUUGAAAGCUUUUAAAAAUGUAUAUAUGAAAUUUUAUUAUUUACAAUUAUUAUGAUAUUCUAAUAAAGCCCUUUCUACAUUGCCGUCAUCAUCAUAGACGAGCACU